AUGAGAAUACCCCUGAAUUAUGACGCUUCUAAGUACCGAAACUGGCACCAUUUUGAAGACCCCGAAACCUGUAAAAAACAAAAAGUAUCUGUGAUGUCUUUCAAUUUACUCUCUCGUCAUUACAUGUGGAAGCCAGUCUUUGGAUAUUUGGAACAGGAGUAUCUAAGCUGGUCUGAUUAUCGAUUUCCGUUAAUCAAUUUGAUUAUCAGACAGUUCAAUUGUGAUAUCAUGUGUUUCCAGGAAAUGGAGCACCUAAUAUACAAAAAAUUCUGGUCCAAAGACUUUCCGUCCUCGAAGUAUCGUUCCUUUUACGCAAGAAAACUGGAGCCUGUCUACUGGGGAGAUAGGCCUUCGGAGAACAUCGAUGGUGUUGGGAUAUUUGUCAAUGGGGACAAAUUUGAUGUGUUGGACAGUCAAAAGAUCAAUUUCGGGGAGUACAUCAUGCAGCAUCAUACCAAAUUCAAUGUCACAAGAGCUACCAUCGAACGGGUCAUACCACGCAAUACUGUGGCACUUCUAGUCAAGUUGUGUGAUAAACGAAACGGUAAGAUAUUGUAUGUGACAAACACACACCUCUACUGGUCCCCAAAAUUUAACGAUGUCAAAAUCAUCCAGACGAAACUCCUCUUGAAUGUGUUGCGUGAUUUCAUAGGCAAGGAUUGCUUAGAUGAUCCAUGUAUUAUCAUGUGUGGUGACUUCAAUUCAAAUCCUUCUUCAAAGGUAUUCCAAUUGCUCAACACCGGCAAAAUCGAUGCAGCCAAGUGCAACGAGUUCGCCCUUUACGACUACAACUAUAAAGCAAACAGCGAAUUGUUCCAGGAUAGAGCUAUUAAAAACCCAUUCCAUCUAGCCUGUGCAUAUGAGCUGCUUCUUCUCCAUUCACAUAGUUCUCUAAAAAAGAGAUUAGAAUUUACAUCGUUUACAAAAAGCUUGUUCGACGUUGUGGAUCAUAUUUGGUACUCCAAAAACCACUUCAAAGUCACAAAAUUACUUGGAGAAGUCGAACAAUCUUAUUACACGGAAACUGGUGUGGUUGGUUUCCCCAAUAGCCAGUUUCCGUCUGAUCAUAUUCCAUUAGUAACUGAACUAGCAUACCUUUAG